AUGCUGUUACGCAAUGGUUCAAACAGGCGAGACGAUUACAGAGCCUGCUUCAAGCAGUUCAAGCAGCCAAAGCCUCGGACACGGCCAUUGAACACCGUAUCUCUUAAAUUCGUCAAGCGCCUGGAUUUUCCCCGGAUUUUGUGCAGUGGUGGGCUCGACGCUUUCCUCUGGCUGAAGCGGGUCCACUUCAUCUUCCGCUACAAGUCCCGGACCAAGCUGCCCUUGACUGUAUAUUUCGGGAGUUUACCGCACACUUUCGACAAGUUCGAGAGCUGGCAUCAAUCGGUUCGACAGACACAGUUGAAAGCUAAGUAUGAUGGGCCCGCCAAGCAGAUUUUUCGUGAUCUCAAGAAGACGGUCAAGAACACUCCGGACUCCUUUUUGACGGCCUCAUCCUUUGAGAUUCUGGCGGUUGAUCCCGAAUCUGAUCAAGUACAUCUCGAAGAAGUUGUUUGUCCGCAUGCCAGCUCCUAUGAACUUGACGGACAGAAGAUUUGCCCUGCCAAUUUUGAUGGGGUGGUUCUGACUUUGCCUCCCGGCACCAAUGCCGAAGUGGGCUCAGUGCUCACACAGCAGGUUUUCUCCCGUGAGAUAGCGGAUCUCCAUCAAACACUUAUGGAUUUCUGGCGACCUCGUUGGCAAAAACAAAGCAGCAUUCCGCCUGAACAAUGGGUCAGAGUUGUCUCCUUCACUCGUGCCUACAUGCCUUCGCUUCAGCUACACCUUGCACCGCUUACUUUGGCGGACUGGCGUCUGGGCCUUCUUACAAGCUUCUUCCAAGACAACGCUGAUCUGGUUGGGCUCAGUGCUGACCUCCAGAAGGCCUUCAACAACAUCGGCCGUGCUCAGCUUCAAUUUUGGUCAGAGCAUCUUGGUCUCCCAGAGGAAUUGCGUACUCCAUGGUUCGGCUUCCUUGGCCACUUUGAGAGAAGGUUUGACAUUAGAGGAUGUGUCAGCCAACCGCUGCUUUCGACCGAGGGAUUGCCUGAAGGUUGUCCCCUUUCCAUCAUCGGCAUGUUGCUUCUGAACUGGGCCCAUCACACCUAUAUGAGGCACUAUGCACCUGCUACUAUCCCGAGGACGUAUGUUGACAACCUCACUCUUUUGGCUGCUCGCUCCUCGGAGCUCAUGCAUGGUUUUGCAUGCACUGCGGUCUUCUACAGAACAUGGGGCCUUGACAUUGAUGACGACAAGACCUACACUUGGGGCACUACUACCGCAAGCCGUGCAGAGCUCAGAUUGCUGCCGCACCAACAUUCUCUUGCACAUCGAGAGUUGGGUGGCUUUCUUCAGUUUACACGUAAGAAAGACUACUCUCCUCUUCGUGAGAGACUGCUGCAACUGCUGCAACUGGAAGAGUGGUGGACUCGACUUGCCAAGUCCCCGGCACCAUUUCCUCACAAGCUGCAUGUGCUCCACUCCAAGUUUUGGGCCGCUGGGCUACAUGGCACCACUACUUGCUUGGCGCCGGACACCCUCUUGAAUUUGUUCCCCCUUGUCCUUCGCUUCAUCGGCUACGACAUUCGCACGAGCUAG